CCCAGGUAGCAAAAUUUAUGGAAAUCAGUAGGAAAUUGUUGUUCUUGUAUUAUGGCGGUGAACGUUCUAUCCUAUAGUUUGAAUACAUAUACAUAUAUCUCUGGAGGUUGAUGUUUGAUUUUUAUUAAGUUGUUUGUUUCAAGCAGCUUGACCUGAUAUUGCUGUUCCCUGUGUUUUAAUUACUUGUCCCGCAAGUUCCUUGUUUUCCUUAUCCCGAUAAAAGAAGCAACUUGAUUGUAAUUAUUAGGGUUUUAAUCCUGAUGUUUUUCAUCUUUCUUUAUUCUAGGGGAGUUUGAGCAGGUUCAGUUUGCGCUCUUUCUUGUCUUCUACCUUGGCAAUGUCGUCUCCCUCCCCCAUAUCUCCAACUCCGGCGGGAAUUGCAGAUUCGGCGGAACAACCCUGCGGAGAGACGAAGAAAUUGCUCGAGCUUGCUGUCCAAAUCAUGAGGUCGGACCCUGAAGUGAAAAGUCACUGUAACAUGUAUUUUUUUAAGCUGCUGGAGACGUUCCUAAAUACAUCUCUCGCAGAGUUGGCUUUUACAGCAGAAGCCUACAAUUGUGAGCAUGGUUCAGAUAUGGCGAAGCUGAAUUCAUUGAAGGAUCUUCUUGGAGCAACAUUCGAGUACUCUUCCUCAAAUUUCGAGGAAACUUUCAGGAAUCUCAAGGUCAAGUAUUGCUAUCGUCGCGUAUUCCCUCUCAAAGAGCCCGGGAAUUUCGAUGUGGAGGCAGCAAGUAGCUGUGCAUCGAAUCAGGUAAUAACAAGAAGCAGCAGCAGCAGCAGCAGCGCAUCGACGAAGAGGAAAACAACAUCGGAGGAAACCGUGCUUGAACCCGGUCUGUUGUUUCGCGCAAUAAUGCUCGCAGCAAAGCGUAAUCCGAAAGGCGGAUUCGGCUGGCCUGCAAUCGAAAAGCAGCACAACCAAACUGUAGCUGGUGCAGAAUUGAAGCGCCGCCGACCAUCACUCAAAUACUUAGAGUUACUGCAAGGAAAAUCUGAUUCUCGUCGUCGAAAGAAGAAGGCUAUGAGAAGAAGUUCAAGUGAACCAGCUCCUUUUAUAUCAUCAAAGGAUGAGGAUGAUGAAGUGGUGGACACCUUGGCUUCUUUUGAAGAUUUGGGGAGAUACUAUCAACUUGCCACUCAUUCAGUCCACCAAGGACGAGUCGGAUCAAUGGAUAUCGAGUAUUCCAAGGACAUGAUUGCCACCGGAGGAGACGAUUGUACCGCCGUACUGUUUGAUUACUCUUCAAGAAAGGUCCGGGCAACACUUACUGGUCACUCAAAGAAGGUUACUGCUGUCAAAUUUGCGGUUGAUGGUGAGGUUUUCUUGACGGGAUCGGCUGAUAAGACUGUUCGUAUAUGGGAACGAACUGAAGAUGAGAGCUAUGUUUACAGACACACUUUUAAGAAUCAUACGGAUGAGGUUCGAGCUAUCGCUGUCAAUGCCGAAUAUAUUGUGACUGCUUCUCUUGAUGCUACAUGGUGGCUCUACGAUCUCUACGGCGAUUCCGGGUCGAAGGUUAAUACUACAGUUAGAGACGGUUCGGAGCGUGCAGGGUACACGGCUGCUGCCUUCCAUCCUGAAGGUAAGGUUCUUGGAUUGGGCACUUGCGGAGGUAUUGUCAAAAUUUGGGAUGUCCGAAAACAGGCACCAGUUGCCGAACUUGGUGGUGGGCAUGUCGAGGCAGUUACUGCCAUGUCUUUCUCUGAAACCCAUGCCUUGCUUGCUACUGCUGCAGAAGAUGGCGUUAAGCUUUGGGAUUGCCGCACAUGGGAGCAACUCUGUAUCCCCGAAUUUUACGAUGCAGAUACACCAGCUAACUCCGUGACAUUCGGCCACGGCUGCCCUUACUUGGGGGUUGCAACAAGCUCUGGCAUAAGAGUUUCGAACCCGACAGAGGAUUGGAACUCCAUCGAAACUCGUACCGAUACAGGGAGAGCAUCGUGCUUGGGAUUUGGUCAAUAUGCGAAAUACCUUGCUGUGGGAUCAGUGAAUGGCAAGCUGAUUUUGUUUGGCGAGGAAGCAAGGCCAGAGUGUCCGGAAACAACUGGUGUUAGAGGGUAGCCAUUGCCAGCCAGUGCCAGUCCUUUUGCUUCUGGGCAUCACUUCCUAGUUCGUGCCAACUCCGAGCGGGAUAAGGAUUAUACAGAUAUUCAACUGCUCUGCUCAACUACUUGAAUUCAAAUGUCCAAAACCCCCAAGUUGGAAUUCCAACUAGUGCUUAUCGUGGCCUUAUAUUUUCACGAGUACUGGCACGGUACGGUUUAUAAGUGGGCCGUGCUGAGCCUGAUAUUUUCAAGACCUUAUGGAGUAUAAGAAUGGAAAUGGAACGAAAAUAAUAUUUCUUUCAUAAAAAUAAAUAUAGAAAGGAUUAUAAGUUCACAUAUUACAACAUGCAAGUACUAAAAUAAUUAUUUGUUAUUGUUAGAAGCGAUCAUAGAGAUAUCUGCGCAAUUACUACGAUACGUAAAAACGAAUGAAGAAUUAAAUAAAGC